AUGCUGUUUGCUUUUGUGUAUGUUUCGGCACCGUUACCGACAGGAGAAGAUGAUGCUUUGGGCAUUCGAAUGAAAAGGUGCUAUGGAGCAUUUGGCUACGGUUACAACAACGGUUACAAUGGUGGUAAUGUGCCAUACGGACAGAACGCAUUCGGUUUGAACACUUCAAAUACCGGUCGCUAUCCUUACUCUCAAAAUGGUUUCUAUCCGUAUGGAAACACAAACAGAUACUUUUGA